AUGGAUGGACCGGAGGUAUUCAGUGUUGCUGGCCUCAAGAGAGGAUCUGAUUACGACGGUGACAGAAGCUUGAACUCCCAGGCCAUCAACUUCUUAAAUUCUCAGCACCAACAGUCAUACCAGCGGGUGGUUGACUUCGAUCUUCACGCAGUCUUCUUAAUGCAAGAAUUUCGAGCAGAAGAUACCAUUCAACAAAUAAUUACUAUGAUCAGCACCACUUUCAAUGAAGAAUACCCACCAAAAAACACCCUCCAACAGCAGUUGGUCAAUGCAGCAAAAUUAGUCAACCAAAGGAUCCAAAACUACGAACAGCAACCUCACAUGCAGAAGCCAUUUUGCCUCAGGUUCCCAACUUACAGUGAUGUUCUUAAGCAUUGUAUGGAGUUGCAGGAUAAAUGUGAGGUAUUACCAAAUGAUAAAAUGGUUAUUCUAAUUGAUGAGGGGGGUGUAUGUGUUGGAGUUGGACUUCCUCCAAAGCCCCAAUCCACCCAGAGCAUACAUACCCCUCGAGAUCGUGGAGGCUCCAAUGAUCCAAUCUGGCGAAAUGUCUAA